AUGGCCAAAGAAUUCACGGUGGAAGAGGUCGCAAAGCACACCUCCCCCGACAGCUGUUGGGUCAUCCUCUACGGCAAUGUCUACGACGUGACCGACUUCCUGGCCGAGCACCCUGGCGGCUCCAAGAUCAUCCUCAAGCUCGCCGGCAAGGACGCCACAGAAGAGUACGACCCUAUUCACCCUCCUGGCACCCUUGAGGAGAACCUCAAGCCAGAGGCCAGACUGGGCCGUGUCAACCCAGACAGCCUUGCCAGGGCACAAUCAGCCGCCGUCGGCCCUGACAGCAGCGACGAUGCCUCCUCCUCCGCCUCCUCGUCGCCUGCGAACACCACGGUCGAGAAAUACACCGCUCCACCGCUCGACCACCUCCUUAACCUCGACGAGAUAGCCGACGCUGCAAAGAAGCUCGUGUCCGCCAAGUGCCGCGCAUACUACGACUCCGCCUCCGACGACCUCUUCUCCAAGAUAUACAAUAACUCCGUCUACCGCUCCGUCCUCCUCCGCCCGCGCGUCUUUGUGGACUGCGUUCAAUGUGACACCUCCACCUCGCUCCUGGGCCAAUUCGGCGUCCGCACCCCCAUCUUCGUCUGCCCUGCCGCCAUGGCCCGCCUCGCGCACUCAGACGGCGAAGCCGGCAUAGCCAAGGGAGCAGGCUACUUCGGCGCAUGCCAGAUCAUCAGCAACAACGCGAGCAUGACUCCCGAGCAGGUCGUCGAAGGCGCCCACGAGGGCCAGGUCUUUGGCUGGCAGCUAUACGUGCAUAACGACCGGGCUAAGAGCGAGGCCAUGCUGGCGCGAAUCGUCAAGAUGCGCCAGUGGUACAAGUUCAUCGUGUUGACCCUCGAUGCCCCUGUGCCGGGCAAGAGGGAGAUGGACGAGAAGCAAGGGCUUGAGGCUGCAGGCCCACCAGCGCAGAGCGAGGUGGACUACCCUGUAAUUGGCGGUGGCGACAAGGAGGACAGCAAGGUUGGCGGUGGUGUGGGACAGGCGCUGUUUGCCGGCACGGCUGCGGACCUGACAUGGAAGACAACACUGCCGUGGUUGAAGAAGCAUGCCCCGGACAUGCCGGUCGUUCUGAAGGGGGUGCAGACACACGAGGAUGUCUAUCUGGCCGCUCGAUAUGCGCGGGAAAAUCCUGGGACUGUAAAGGCGGUCCUCUUGUCUAACCACGGUGGGCGCGCUCUGGAUACGGCCCCGCCUGCGCUACAUACCCUGCUCGAGUGCAGAAAGUACUGCCCUGAGGUGUUCAAUGAUAUCGAGAUAUGGGUGGACGGUGGCAUCAAGAGGGGCACUGAUGUCGUCAAGGCGCUCUGUCUGGGCGCAAAAGCGGUGGGGAUCGGCAGGGCACCGCUCUGGGGACUUGGCGUCGGCGGCUGGAGGGGCGUUUACAGGACAUUCGAGAUUCUACAGGCCGAGGUGGAGACAUGCAUGCGGCUCUUGGGAGCAAGCAAAGUGGAGGAUCUGGGCCCACGAUUUGUCAAUGCUCGAGCACUCGAGAGAGACAUCUACGACGGAGAGGCAAAUCUCGACAAGCAAGGCUUGUGGGAAAAGGCGGCGCUCAUCAGGUCAAAGUUGUGA